CAAGAAACACAACAAAUCUUGUUUCCAUUAUCAUCAAUAUAGAUUCUUUCCUAAUAAACAAAUACGACAUGCUUUUUGACAUUUGUCGUUAUUAUAUCAAAUGCAGGUAGAUCGGAGAUACAACCACUAUUGUGAACAGAUGCAAAUUGUGGUGAAUUCAUUUGAUUUAGUUAUGGGGUUUGGGGCAGCAGUUCCAUACACAGCUUUAGCUCAAAAAGCCAUGUCUCGUCAUUUUCGUUGUCUAAAAGACGCCAUAGCUGCUCAAUUGAAAUACAGCUGUGAAGUAUUAGGAGAAAAAGACGCAGGUUCUUCUGGUGUCACAAAAGGUGAAACACCAAGGCUUAAAUUAUUGGAACAAAGCCUAAGACAACAAAGAGCAUUUCAUCAAAUGGGGAUGAUGGAACAAGAAGCAUGGAGGCCUCAAAGAGGUUUGCCUGAACGAUCUGUCAACAUUUUAAGAGCUUGGCUUUUCGAGCACUUUUUACACCCGUAUCCAAGUGAUGCUGAUAAACAUCUUUUGUCUCGACAAACAGGAUUGUCCAGAAAUCAGGUGUCGAACUGGUUCAUAAAUGCAAGGGUCCGGUUGUGGAAACCCAUGGUGGAGGAAAUGUACCAACAAGAAAGCAAAGAAGAGGGUGAACAUCACCCAGAUGACGACGACGACGACCAAGAUGAAGAAAAUAAGUUAGAAACGAGCAUUAAUUACAAUAAUCAAAACAAAAAUGGACCCCCAUCAUCUUCUUCCUCUUCUGCACUUGCACAAACUCCGAUGCCACCACCUCCUCCUCCUCCUUCGACAUACACCACCACUUCCACAGCGACACCUGCAAAAAGAUCCGAAAUCAAUGACCCUGAAAACGACCCAUCAGUGCUUGCAAUCAAUACACAAAAUUGCUUCUCGGAAAACCAAGCUACUGCCAUGUCCUACUCUUACACUCCUAUCAAUAUCACCUCAACUACCACCGGAAACACUUCCACCACCCCACAAUCUUUUCCGGUCACACUUGAUGCUGAUACAUGCCGACGUGGCAGCAUGCCAGCUGGCGAUGAUGCUACUGAGAUUGGCUCAACACUUAUAAGAUUUGGGACCACUGCUGGUGACGUGUCACUCACUCUAGGGCUACGACACGCCGGAAACCUACCGGAGAAGACUUCUUUUUCAGUUAGAGACUUUGGUGGGUGUUAAAUUAUUACAUGUCUAUAAGGUACUUAGUAAUUUAAAAUAAUUUUUUAGGCCAUUAUUAUACCAUGAAGCUCAUAAAAUUUCUUUCUUCUUUUUAUUUUUAUAUUUUAUUCAAGUAAAACACCAAAGAUAAAAUUUUACAUCAUAAAGGUUGUAUUGUGUUGAUAGAGCAUUUUAUUGGGGCCUAGUCUAAUUGUAUAGUACGUACCUUGUAUAUUUUCCUCUUAUUUUGCUCAUGUAAUAAACUUCUACUCUUGGUUUUUCU